AUGAAGCGACUUCACAGCUUUCUGCACUUGACUCCUCCAUUGCACGCGGACAUGAAGCCCAACUUGAUCUACCGGAAGGCGAAAAUGGCCGGCAAAACGGUUGAGAAAUAUGCUGCGAAAAAGUUGAAUAGGGUUCAAAUACGGUUUUAGCGCUGUUUUUGCAGAAUCUCCGUUCCAAAAAUUCAAGGAGAACCUUUAUUUGGCAUUUAUCCAGUUCUGGAAGCUCUCCAAAUUCGUCAUAGAACGUUCCAUAAAGUUUUCGUCAAACCGUCUUUCAGGUUAGAUUUAGCAAUAAAAGGCAAAACGUUAUGGAGAUAUGGGGAAUUGAACCCCAGACCUCUCCCAUGCUAA